ACGGUUCUCCCGCCGGGCACCAACCUCAUCUCCCGCUCCAAACGCCGGCCCUCAUACCUUUAUGAGGCUGAUAAUGCCAUUGAGUUUUCAAUAAGAGAGAAGGUUCUAUGACAAUAAUGAACUGGCUGCUCAACUCCACAAUCGCACCCCAUACUCUUGGCGAUUUUAUGUUGAGAAUCUUCAUUCUUAUGAGAUGUCCUGGGCACUCAUUAAGACUCAUCAUGAUUUAUCUCUUUUGUAGUACAAUGAGCAUACUCAUGAGAGUCCAUUUGAAACAUUCAAGCAGGCGGUGAGAACCACAACUAGAUUCUGCCGUGGCAGUUGAGGGGGACUUGCAUGAAAGCUUCCC